AUGCAGUCCGCUCACCUCGGUGUAUUUCGCUGGCUGCUUUCAAUAUGCCUCGCGAUCCUCCUCGCCCUACCCCCUAGCGAAGCAUAUCAGGAUAUUUCGGAGAAAACUCUUAAGUCGCUACCGCGGGCCGGGAAAGACUUUGAUAUUCACGACGGCGCUAUCCUCUCGCCCAUUCUCAUCCCCCGUGUCGCCGGUACUCCAGGGUCCACCGCCGUGCUGAACCACUUUGUCGACUUCUUCCGAACAUCGCUUUCUACAUGGAAUAUCGAAUUUCAGAACUCUACAUCUGUAACACCCGUGUCGAAUGGGAAGGAGGUUCCAUUUGUAAAUUUCAUCGCAUCUCGGGACCCUCCGUGGGCAUCCAAGGGUGAUGUCGGAAGGCUUACGCUCGUGGCGCAUUACGAUAGUAAAUAUGAACCGAAAGAUUUCAUUGGCGCCAUUGAUAGUGCAGCGCCUUGCGCCAUGAUUAUGCAUGCAAUGCGGAGUAUUGAUGACGCUUUGACAGAAAAGUGGAAGUCAAUGAAAGCCAACGACCACCAUUCCUCGCUAGACGACCACGUCGGAAUUCAAGUCCUUUUCUUGGACGGAGAGGAAGCCUUCAAGUACUGGACUGAUACUGAUUCCUUGUACGGAUCUCGCUCUUUGGCUCAACACUGGGAUUCUGAAGUAAACCCAGCCAUGUCGAUCUAUAAGACGCCGCUUUCUUCCAUAUCUUUAUUUGUUCUAUUGGACUUGUUGGGAGCCAAGAGUCCAACCAUCAUAUCUUACUACCCGACUACUCAUUGGGCCUACCAAAAACUGGCGAACAUUGAACGUCGCCUCAGGGACCUCGGUCUGUUUAAGUCCGGGGGCCGAUCUUGGUUUCCUGAUAGCUCUAAAAACGAGCAUCAGAUUUCGACCUAUCACCGGGUUGAGGAUGAUCACCUUCCAUUCCUAAGGCGCGGUGUGGAAGUUAUGCAUCUUAUCGACUACUCACCCAUGCAUGGAUUCCCCAAAGUCUGGCAUAAAAUUGAAGACGAUGGGGAGCAUUUGGAUAUGGCCACUGUCGAAGACUGGAGUCUUCUCAUUACCGGAUUUGCUGCUGAAUGGAUGGAACUGGAAGGUUUCAUCAAAGACGCAAGGGCCACAGAGGAUGAAUCUGCAGCUAAGAAGAAGCGCUCCGACAAAACUGAACUAUUAUGA